GAACCCUAAAAGCGGAUAAGCGCCCUCCAUUUGAUUUUCCACAGGUCUCUCUCUCUCUCUCUCUUUGUCUCUCUAGCGUGAAGUGGAAGAAGAGGUUCUGAUGAUGGAAGAAGAAGGAGAAGAGCAAGUUCCCAGUGGUGUUCCUAGUCUAAACAGCGAUGUCUACUCGGAAAUCCUCUACAGGCUGAAUGUGAAGUCUAUUUCAAGAUUCAAAUCUGUAUCCAAAGAAUGGAACGCUAUUAUCUCCUCUCCUUCCUUCGCUCUCAACUAUUCCAAAAGAAAGCCCUCCAUCACCGGCUUCUUUUAUUCCAGCAGUCGCGCUUACAAGGAAAAGCUCCGAUAUGUGUCAAUCGACCACAGAGAAGACGACGUAUCCGACCCCUCAUCGUGUCUUGGUUUCUUGGACAAUCCAGCCAUCCUCCGAAACUCCUGCAAUGGCCUUCUCCAUUGGUCCUGCUCUCGCGAUCUCCACUACAUCUCCAACCCAUUAACCCGGAAGUCCGUACCGGUACCGUGGACGGCGGUCGACGUAUCAGUCUUCUUUUCAAGCGGAAUCGCUUUCGAUCCUUCUGUAUCUCUGCAUUUCGAGUUGGUUGUUCUAAUGCUUCAAUUCCAGUCCGGGGAGGGUCAUCAUCUUCAUGUGAAGACGUUCCGAUCGGAAACGGGACAGUGGGGAGAGACCAAGAAGAUUCUUACCAUCGACCCCCAAGUUCGGGUUCGCCUUUUUCCAAUCUCCCCUUAUCAAGGAGUUUACCUGAACGGUUGUCUACACUGGGAGAUGAACGAUAAUGCUCUACUUGUGUAUAAUGUGAACCAAGAGAGCGCUUAUUUGAUGGAGUUGCCUCCACUGCAAUCAUCUUCAUCGUCUUAUCCACAGCCCAGGCGUCGACGACCAUUCAGGUUUAUGGGCUUACUUGGGGAACAGCGGUCUAAUUCUCUGACGGGAUGCCUAGGGGAGUCAGGUGGGUGUCUUCAUUGGUGUCGUCUCGGUCAACACUUGCUCCAGGUUUGGAGUUUGCAGAACAACGAACACUCGAGUUCUGUGGAUUGGAUCCCAAAAUACACUGUCUAUCUCGACGCGUUGCUGCUGGAAAACUCACAGACAUCUGGGGCAAUCAUCAAGGGAGAAAUUCUGGUUCUUGGAUUUCUUCAUGAUUGUCGAGGGGUUUUAUUGAGUCAAGGUGGUAAGGUGCUGGCCUACCAUUUCGGCAGUAAUUUGGCUAAUGGGGUAACUAAGAUAGAGUCAAAUGUUUGGUCCGUAAUUCAACCAUACAUGUUCUUCCCCUUUGUGCAUAGCAGCGCUGUCGCAAAUUGUCUAGGUUUAUUCUUAUGCCAGUCCAUUUGAAAUUUGACUUUUAAUUUCCUUGGCUCGCACUUGUCAAAUUUGAUAAUUAUUAGUCUUUCUAUAUAAAUACAUCUUCAAAUUGGAGCAAUGGGUUUCCUCAAUUAUAUUCCUCCUGGUUGUAAAUAGCAAUCUUUAAUUGUGUAUGUAGUUCCAGGAACCAACAUAUUGAAUCUGAACCAAGUGUUCAGCUGUGGGAUAAUCUAAUGAAUUGGACUGCAUUUAUUAUAUCA